GUGGAUUGUGAAAGUGAAGCGUGACAAGCUGGUGGUGGUUAUUGUGAUUGCGGCUAGUUACUAUUGGAUUUGCCGCUUUGAAGCGAACUCUGACUUAGCGCUAUGUCAGUGUGAAUACUGAAUUUGCCGCCGCUUGUUUAUUCUGUAGAAUCCAUUCAGUAUCGUAGCAUUUUAUUGCCUUCUAAGUACCAAUAGCAUUUGUUGUUCUGAAAUAUUACGUAGGUAACAACUUGGUGGAUGGCUCAAACGGCAUUGCUCGUGUUGAUUGGCUAUGUGUGGGGCUUUUUCGGUUUGUCUCUUGCAUUUGCCUUUUUUUGCACGUGUUUUCUGCUGCUUUGGCUUCAUAAGCUUUUGCAUGCUAUUAAUUCUCAUUGGACCUGUGUUGCCAUGCUCCCGCAUGCAUGAUAAAGUUUUGAACGUUGAUAAACCCUCUUUGAAUGCUUGCCUUUUGUCUGCAUGCCACGGUGUAACCAGUAUUGAUUUAUCGAUUUAGACGACCAACGUGUUUGACCUUUUGUGGCUUUGUGCGUUAGUGAAAUUGUCACCAUUUAGACUCGGGGAGUGUUGGCAAGAAGUGCAGCAUGCUGCUCCCUUACUUCAUUUUGAUCGCGGGUUCUCUCCUUUCACCACCGGCCUCUGCGUGUGAGCUCACGGCCGAACAGUCUGAACAGUCUGUGGAGAAUCCCGUCCGUCUGACUCGCAGUGUGACUGCCAUGGAGACUCACAAAGUGGUGCCCGAUGUGAUUCCUGUUGGACCCGCCGCUGUGCUCACGGUGACCUACCCGGGCGGUGUGACGGUGGACGGUGGUGCCGAGCUGACCCCGACCCAGGUCAAGGAGCAGCCGCAGCUUAGCUGGGCCGCCGAGAGUGGCGCCCUCUAUACCGUGGUGAUGACCGACCCUGACGCCCCGUCUCGGGCCGACCCCAAGUUUGGCGAGUGGCGCCACUGGCUGCUGGUUAAUGUACCCGGUACGGACCUGGCCGCCGGGGACGCCGUGUCAGAGUUCGUCGGAUCAGGACCGCCCAAAGGCACCGGACUGCACAGGUAUGUGUUCCUCGUCUACAAGCAGCCCGGCAAGAUCACUGUGGACGAGGCACUGAGGAAGACCAAAAACCAGGCCAAGGGCCGUGAAAAGUGGAGUGUGUCCAAGUUCGCCGAGCAGCACAACCUCGGCGCUCCUGUGGCCGGCAACCUGUACCAGGCUCAGUGGGACGACUAUGUGCCCCAGCUCUACAAGCAGUUCAACGACUAGGUGAUGGGUCUGAUGACGGGGGAAGGAUUGGUUGACGGACGGACGGGCGGUACGGAUGUACGGACUGACAGAAGAGGAAUAGCCUUACGGACGAAGCGACGGACGGAUUGAAUGAAGUUGGACGGAAGACUGACUAGCAGACAGCAAUUGAACGACACACGGACUGGCAGAAGAGGAAUGGUCCCACGGACGGACGGAGAGAUUGUCAGACGGACGGUAACUGACGGACGGACGGACGGAUGGGCUAGUGAAUGGUUUUACGGACAGACAGACGGAUUGAAUGAAGACGUACGGACCUACGAACGGAUUGGCAGACAGGCAGACAGAAAUAAACGGACGGACGAAUGGGCUAACUACUGGCAGAUACAACAGAAUAAUGCUUUUAUGGGCCUACGGACGGGACAGAAAAAUAGACUUACGGAAGGACGAAUGGACCGACGUACGGAAUAUGAGAAAGACGAGAGGACUGUACGGUUGGACGGACGAACGGGCUGACGUACGAACGGUGAAAGGUACUACGGAUUUACGGACUUAGAAGAUGUACUAUCUCGAGAUACAUGGAUGCACUUACAUACGGAAUUAAAGAAAGGACGAAUGAAUCAAACGGACCGUUUUCUGGCAGUUUCUGCUGUGUUUCGAGCUGAUGAUGAGAAGGGGAGCUAUCUGUGUAACCGAUGCUGUCAUACCUGGGGCUGUAACUACGUUAAACGUUGGUCGCUACGUAAUCGUACCGGCUUCAGAAUCGCAUUCGUAUGGCUCUGUAUCGUCCUUUUCUUUAGAAGAUACCUUGUCGGUAGUGCUAUUUGUUUUCUACUGGUGAUAGGGACGCUCACCAAUGUUAUUUGGAUCGUAAGAUGCCAUAAUGCUUGGUGUGUUUCGUUUACCGGCACCCCUCCUCCACUAAGGAAUUUCACGGCUGGAUUUUCCCCCAUGUUACGAGUGUUUGGCUAAGAGAACCAUGUUUCCAUGUUGGCUAGUGAUAAUCAGUGAUCGCCUCAAAGGUGGAAUGAUGUCCACAUGACCUUCCUGGUGGAAUGUUCGUGGUGAUUUUUUGAAUAAAUUUUGACUGGUU